UAAAACGAAGAAGAAGAAGAAGAGGAACCGGAAAGACUUAACACUACAUUUCCUCUGAAUUUUUUUUUGUGUGCAUACAUCUCCAUCGUAUGGCGAUUUGACAAGUACUAAACAACGAUUUUCUUGCAGUAUCAUACCUCAUUUAAAGAGACAGAAUCUUCAGCACAAUCAUGUCCCACACAAUUUUGCUUGUCCAACCAACCAAGAGACCCGAGGGCCGCACAUAUGCUGACUAUGAGUCAGUGAAUGAAUGUAUGGAAGGUGUUUGCAAAAUGUAUGAAGAGCAUCUGAAGAGGAUGAAUCCAAACAGUCCCUCCAUCACUUACGACAUCAGUCAGUUGUUUGACUUUAUUGAUGACUUGGCAGAUCUGAGCUGUCUUAUGUACAGAGCUGACACCCAAACAUACCAACCUUACAACAAAGACUGGAUCAAGGAGAAGAUAUAUGUCCUGCUGCGGCAUCAGGCUCAACAAUCGGCAAAGUAACGGCAUCAGUCACAGGUUGUCCCAUUACACGCACCUGAAAGGCGUUUACGCUCCAUUUUAUAUUAAAUGUGUAUAUAUAUAUAUAUCUAUGUAAAAAGACAUUGCCGAUUUGACAAGGGUAGGCUUUCAUUUUAUACUAUAAAUUGGGAAAGGACAUGGUUUGAAAAAUGGGAUAAGUCAGACAUUUUGAGCUUGAGCCAUGUUUCAUAGCAUAGAGUACGUACUACCAGUCAGUAGUUUGGACACACGUUCUCAUUCUCAGAGUUUUGACUGGUAGUGACCAGAGUGGGGUUUAAGGACUGCACUUCAACCAGCAGGCACAGAGAAGGGUCCCUGCUGGUUGAAAUGCUACACAGGUUAUAUAAAAUUGUUAUAAAAAUUUUUUUUGUCAAAUAUUUAGUAAUGUGCUUUGUUUUCCCAUAAGCUAUGUGACAUGAUUUUGUAGACCUUAACUAAGCAGUUGGAUGUGAACAUGCUGGGGAUUUUGAUAUUGGUGAUUUAUUUUUGAAUAUGAAAUUACUGCAAAAUGACUCGCCCAUUAAUUUAACAGGUUCAAAUGGUUUUUCUUUUACAUAUUUCAUCUAUUAUUGUUACUGUAGCUUACACUCACAAUGUAAAAUUGUUUUUGUAAACAUUUACCUUUUCAUUGAACUUUAUUUCA